CGUCAUCCUUGUUACGCUUAAGCGUUCUCCUUGACUGAUCGGAUUGACGGCGGACGAACCUCGAAGAUGAAGAAUCCAUCGCACAACCACAACGGAUUCACCUGAAACAGGAGCUGCUUCGAAACGUCUUGCAACAACGUAACAGUGGUCGAUUCAGUAUUUAAAUAAAUAAAAAAAAAUGGAGAACGAUGCAGAACGGUCUCCACUGUUGGAGAGGAAAAUCGGCACUUCGACCAAAUUGGCGUACGCCCUGGGACACAUUUUCAAUGAUCUCACUGCCGCCAUGUGGUUCUCCUACACCCUCAUCUACUUCCAAAGGGUGGCUUUAUUGCAACCACUUGCUGCAGGCGCCCUCUUGCUUUUAGGACAAAUCGUGGAUGCUCUCAUGACGCCCAUUUUCGGUAUACUGGUCGAUCGUUAUUGGAAGAAGAAAGUGUGGCAUAUUAUCGGCUCCUUUAUGGUCACCUUGACGUUCCCUGUGAUCUUCGGCGGGUUCGCCGAUCCCUCCAAUACAGCCGUGAUGCUCGUCUACGUGGUCAGCAUCAGCAUAUUUCAAACAGGAUGGGCGGCUGUGCAAAUCUCCCAUUUGUCCAUGAUCCCCGCCCUGACGAAUUCACCGUUGGCACGAGCGGACUUAACCGCGAUAAGAUAUUCAGCUCAAGUAGGAGCAGCGGUGGUGGUGUUCGUCGUCACGUGGAUAGUUCUGCCCACAAACGAGGAAGAUGUCGUACGACUUGCUCAAGAAGACAGUUAUAAAUUUAGAAACAUCGUACUGACGCUGACGUUCAUCGGUAUGGUCACCACCAUAUUCUUCCACGUUCUCUUGAAAGGACAUCUCCUAGAGAGUCCUGCGCCGCAUAAAGGGAACGUCGAGGAGUCUCGACGAUUGCUCGAUAAUCCUCCGAACAAUCGAAGCUCCUGGUUCAGUUCGACCAUUUUGUUAAGAGUGGCGAUGCUGUACGUAGCCAGUAGACUGUUCAUUACUCUGGCCACGGUGUAUUUGCCGUUGUACAUAGAAGAAACGGACAUCGACGGAAAAGAAGCAUUGGCGACUGUGCCGCUGGUCUCGUACGUGUCCUCCUUUGUGGCGGCUUUACUGCUGAAAUACAUAAAUAAAUCCUGCGGUACAAAGAUGUGUUAUUUCUUGGGCACGCUUAUUGGAAUAUUCUCCGCGGUGGUCACGAAAUUCGGCGGAAACAACGCGGCCAUCAUUUACAUAGUUGCAAUUUUAAUCGGAGCUGCAAGCUCCAUCACGAUGGUCACAGCUUUAAGCGUGACCGCGGAGAUCAUUGGUCCGCGAACGGAGCGAAGCGCCGUCGUUUACUCCACCGUGACUUUCCUCGAUAAAGUUGUCACGGGCGUAGUUGUUAUAUUUAUCGAAAAAUGGAGGUGCAGACAACCGGAACUCUGUCCGAAUUACAACAGAGAUACUCUAUCGCUUGUCUGCGCUGUCUCCAUGGCACUGGGCCUUGCCACUUUACUCUCGGUAUCGCGAUGUCUAACUUAA